UUGGCGCACACAAUUCCUAUGCAUUAACUAUUACCCUCUCUGUAUACACCUGGUAUACACACAUACUCUGUGGCUGCGUUAUCUACUUGCAAUUAUUUUAGAAAGCGAAAAUGAGCGAUUUUUAUGGGAGGUUGGCCAAGGACGCUUUGGAAGAUGACGUGUCUGAUGUUUCUGAUGGUGAACUGCAAGAAAUGCUUGCUAACAUGGACGACUUGGAUGCAGGAUUAUUUGGAACGGCAAACAUCCCGAAAACGGUGCCAAAUAAGUCACCUUCGCCACCACUUCCAGAUCCAGACGUUCAAGAAAGUUAUAAAAUAAUCCCAGCCGCUACAAAGUCUGCUCCUUUGGGGAUCCCAAAAAGUAAAAAAUCGGAACUUUUGGCAGAAUUAUUUGGAUCCGACGUUGAAGAAGUGCUACCUAAAGAGGUUAAACCCAAAAUAGAAUUUGAUAUAAGACAACCUCCUUCAAACCCAGCAAUACCCAUUGUAAGAGAGAAAGAUGAUGUCCAGGGAAGUCUGAAUAGUUAUGAGCCAUCACCAGGAAUAAGAGGGAGGCGAAGAGCAGGGAAACCAAAGCCAACAGAGGUUUUGUGGGAAGAAUUUCUCCAGCCAGAAAAAUAUUUGGAGAAGCCAAGAACAGAAGAAAAAGAUGCAAAAGUCAAAGAUAAUAGGGCUCCUCUUCAUUUGGAAAUACUUAAAACGGAAGACGAGCUUGUGCCCCGAGUCGAGGAGCGGCGGCGUGUUGCUGAUGCCAUUCCAGCACCACAGGAAAGCAAACCAGUUGCUGCAGCAGUGAAAUUUGAAUUGACGGACAAAAUGAAAGAACAAAUUUUGGCCAUGAUAAAGGAAGAACAACAAAAACAAUCUGAGGAUAUUAAUUCCAGAUUAAAAGAAGAAUUGCGAAUUUUAAAACAACAGAAUCUGGAGUUCAAAGAAAGAUUGGGGCAACUGGAAGGAUUGGUUGCUUCUCAAAAGGAAAAUAUAAAGGAACUGAAUAAAGCUUUGGAGAACGCAAGUAUUUCUUUUACUGAGCAGCUGGAUGUUAGUUUAGAACAAUUCCAGAGAACUUUACAAGAACAAAAUCUAAUGCAAAAAGAAAAAUUGUCUGCUCUCCAAUGCCAGCUAUCGCAGCUUGAAGAAAGGGUGCAGGAUAUGCAACAAGAGGCAGAUUCAAUUCAACCUGUGCAGCUCUCACUCAAGGAAAAAAUAUCGAGCCUACAAGCUGGUUGUGCAGAGUCCCACGAACAACUCGUCACGUUCAUCAGCAGUGUACGAGAAAUAAAUUUGGAAGAAGAAAAGAAGACAAGGAAGCAAUUAGAGGAGAAAAUUUUCAAACUCUCUAGUCAGAUCGGAAAUUGGGAAAUACUGGACAGAAAAUUGGACAUAUUUGAAGGAAGGCUUGACAAAAUUGUCUCAUCUAUCAGCUGCAAUAGAAACGAAGAAGAAUUAGUGAAGAGACUGGAAAGGAGUGAAAAUAGCAUUUUGCAUAAACUGAACUACUGCAGCAGUCAGCAGGUACGCCACGAGAACUGGCAUCAGCAGCAGUUAUCCAACAUUUCAGAGCACCUAGAGCAGCGGCUGUGGGGUGUACAAAUGCACUUGGACAUGGUUGUUGCCAGUUUGAAGAGCGAGGUGGGCACCUUGAGGACCGACACGAACAACAGGAUGGGCGAUAUGGAAAACAAAGUUAUUAGUGCUGAAGACGAAACAAGUCGACUAAGUAGGCUGGCUGAAAGGCUUUGUGCGCUGCUGCAACUGUGGGAGGUUAGGAACAGAGAGACCACAAAAAUUCAGCAGGUGGCCGAGCAGAGUUUGAGAGAAAGAUUCAGUUUGGCAAUGGCAGAGAUGAAGCUGGAUGACAAAUAGUUCAUAUCAUUGAACCAGAGCUCAUUAUCUUAAUUUUUAUCGAUUUAUUUCAAUCCUGAUUUAUAUCAAUGAAUGCCUUAAAUAUGAAAAAGUCUAAAAGAAUUUUAAUUGUAUUGAGCGCACUGAUGAAAGCACUUUGAGACUAACCGAACUUGUUUGCGCUCAAUUAUACUUCAGCCAUGCUUGGAAACAUUUUUCUAUUAAAAUAUACUAAAACCAAGAGACCAACAAGCUCUCUAUAUCCACUAAAAUCCCGCAACCUGCUAAACAUACGUUCAAAACGGGUUUGCCUAUUUGGCAAGGUUGUAAAAUCGUGAAUAUCAACGUAAAGCAAUAAAAUUACCUGCAUAAAAUAUAGAUGCAUUUU